AAGCGCCGCCAGAGUGAGAGCUACUCAUUGUUUUUGUUGACCUGGUCAUUUCAUCUCAUCUGUGUGCGGCUUUUCACCCAGUUCGCCCGAGUCUAUUUCCAUGCCAAAUGGCCGCCUUCAUGGAGGAAGCGUUAGUGGAGGCGAGGCGGGCACGUGACGCCGGCGAGGUGCCCGUGGGCUGUGUGUUCGUUCAUGGGGGCAAGGUGGUCGCACGUGGCGGGAACGAGGUGAACGUCCAUCGGAACGCCACUCGCCACGCGGAAUUCAUUUGCAUCGACGCCAUCCUUGCCAGCUGCCGAGAGAGACGUCUUCCGGCCCGCCAGCUUUUCAGCGAGAUCACUGUUGUGGUCACCGUGGAGCCCUGCAUCAUGUGCUCCGCCGCUCUGCACACUCUCGGUGUCAAGGAGAUCAUCUACGGCUGCGAGAACGACCGCUUUGGAGGGAAGACGGUGGUGGAUGUGGCCGCCGUCGUCGGCCAAAGGAUCCAGAUCACAGGUGGUGUGCGGGCGGAUGAGGCGAUGGCUCUGCUAAAGGAAUUCUACAAGGGCGACAAUCCGGCGGCACCGCCACAGGCCAAGAAGAAAAAGUAGGAUCAGUUGGUGGAGCCAGUAGCUUCGUGAAGAAGGGAAGCAUGAAUGGAGUCAACCACUGAAGGAAGCUAUUACAGUCAUUGAAUAAUAUUUAAAAUUAUGAUAAAAUUAUAGAAGAAUAGUAGAAUGCAAAACUCUGCUUUUCUACGGAAAAUUCAACUACUUCCAAACGGAUAAACUCCGGAAACCAACAGAUUACCGAGAAACAGAAGGCAAUCCUCUAGUUCUCUCACUAUUUAGGAGGGAACAAGCCAAUCAGCGUAUUUAUCUUAUAAAAGAAAAAGUAUUCCGUCGAAAGUAUCGUGAAAUAGAGAACGGAUUUAAAAAACACCCAACCAGAAAUUAAAGUAGUUAGAAUAAAAAACUACAAUUCCAUGAUGAAAGAAAACAUUAUUGCUUCAGUCAACCGCAUCCUGGAGGAAUAUAUACGAAGUAAAAUAAGUAGCACUGCAUCAUUCUUCGACGAUUUCUGUAUAUGAUUCAAUUUAUUAUAAUCUUUAAGCAUAGUCUAAGAUACAUUGUAUAUGGCGUUCAGAACGUAUGUUUUAACUCUAAACAUAAAUACAAAUACUGCAUAAAAGCUACAACAUUUACGUGUGUGUAGUGAAGGCUGUGCCUGUUUCCACUAUAGGAAGACUACUCAAAA